UCACACUCUAAAAGUCGGCAUGAGGGUCCGCACAUUGCUAGCCACUUGUUCCUCCUCCACAUGCACCACCACCCCCACCACCAACACCGACAACUACUCAACCAUCCCAUUCCCCAAAAACCGGACACCAACUCCGAAACUCUUAUUAGCUUCCGAUACAGGCAGCUCUUCCGAUAUUACUAGUAAUUCCACUUCAUCAUCAAACUCAACCGAUACCACCACCACCACCGGCACCAGCAGUAGCACCCUACAAAGCAACCUCUCCCUCCAGACUCUGCCAUCUGUCCCUUCCCUCCAAAAACUCUCCCCUGAAACCCUAAACCUCUCAGUCUCUCACCUCUGCAUCACCACCAUUAAACCAGCUGUAUCUCUCCCAAUCACAUCUCUCGCCGUCCAUUCCAAUCUCCUCUACGCCGCCUCCUCUCACGAGAUCAACGUCUACGAUUGCUCCACUUGUUCGUCUGUCAGCUCAUUCAACGGUCAGGAUUCCUCCUCCGGUUCUCUCAAGUCCGUUACUUUCUGUAACGGAAAAAUCUUCACCGCUCACCAAGACUGUAAAAUCCGAGUCUGGCAGGUAACGGCUAGUCCGACCAAAAAGCACAAGCUUUUAACGACUCUCCCAACUGUCAACGACCGUCUACGCCGCUUCGUGCUUCCGAAGAACUACGUAACCGUUCGCCGUCACAAGAAGCGGCUCUGGAUCGAGCAUUCCGACGCCGUCACUGGCCUCGCUGUUAACGACGGUUUCAUCUAUUCGGUUUCGUGGGAUAAAAGCUUGAAGAUAUGGAGAGCUUCCGAUCUCCGUUGCGUUGAGUCCGUUAAAGCUCACGAGGACGCCGUGAACGCCGUAACGGUCUCUGAAGACGGAACGGUUUACACGGGCUCCGCCGAUAGGCGAAUCCGGGUUUGGGCCAAACCGUUCGGCGAGAAAAGACACGCGUUGGUUGCCACGCUGGAAAAGCAUAAAUCGGCUGUGAAUGCCUUGGCCUUAAACGACGACGGAUCGGUGCUGUUUUCGGGUGCGUGCGACCGUUCGAUAUUGGUGUGGGAGAGAGAGGACAGCGCGAAUCACAUGGCUGUCACCGGAGCAUUGAGAGGUCACAGUAAAGCGAUACUGUGUCUGAUCAACGUCUCCGAUUUGUUGUUCAGUGGUUCAGCUGAUUGCACGGUCAGGAUUUGGCAACGUGGACUUGAUGGCAGGUAUUGCUGUUUGGCCGUUUUGGAUGGGCUUCAGAAACCGGUAAAGUCGUUAGCGGCAGUUUCAGAUGAUAAAUCAAACGGUGUCGUUUCUGUCUUUGGUGGUAGUCUUGACGGGGAGAUUAAGGUGUGGCAGGUCUCAGUUUCGAAUCAUUAUAGUCCGACAUCCUCAGUUGUUCUUUGAUGUAACUUAUGACAAUAAAAAUUGUACCAAGUGGUAAUAGAAUCAGAUAUGUACACACACUGUUUUUUUUUUUGGUAUGAUUUUUUUUAGACCAUACCAAUGAGUAA